AUGUCAUCAUUACUACCGGUGUUCAAUGCAGAACCUCAAGGGAACAGACCGCGUAGUCCGAUUCCGCAAUAUGCCUCCACCUCUUCGUCGAUAACCUCCUCAUACUCUCUCCUCACUCCUCAGCAGACGGCCGAACGCUUGCAGACCUCUACCACUCAUGGUCUACUACAGACUGAGGCUUAUGCACGGUUGGGAAAAGACGGGCCUAACGAGCUUCCACAUGAAGAGGAGGAGCCACUGUGGUUGAGGUUCUUGAAACAGUUCAAGGAAACCCUUAUACUCCUUCUCCUCGCCUCCGCCGCCAUCUCGCUUUUCAUCGGUAACAAGGAUGAUGCUGUCAGUAUUGCCCUUGCUGUCACGAUUGUCGUUACGGUCGGCUUUGUGCAGGAGUACCGGUCAGAGAAGUCGUUGGAGGCCUUGAACAAGCUGGUUCCCCAUUUCGCCCAUGUCAGACGUUCGGCGCCCAGGCACACGACCAGGAGUCUUGCUAGUGAAAAUUUAGCAAUCGAGAUGGAACCACUGACAAACGGAAGUGCCAUUCCGGCCGAAGAGAAGACAUCUACCACAAUUCCAGCCUCUCAGCUUGUCCCUGGCGACCUAGUCAUCUUCUCUACCGGCGACCGCAUCCCUGCCGACAUUCGAAUCACGCAUUCCGCCGAAUUGACCAUCGAUGAGUCGAACCUGACAGGCGAGAACGAGCCCGUAGAGAAACACGCCGCUGCUCUUGAGCGGAACAAGCCUCAUCAUGAAUAUCACGGCACCCCCGAGCCGUACAACGCCGCAGGCACGGUUGGUGCUGAUGUGCGCUUGAACGAGCAACACAACAUCGCGUUCAUGGGUACAUUGGUCAGGUCAGGCCACGGCGAAGGGAUUGUGAUUGCAACCGGGGGAAAGACUGAGUUCGGAACAAUUUCCCUGUCGCUUCAAGAGAUUGAAGCUCCACGGACACCUCUACAACAGUCAAUGGAUUUGCUUGGGAAGCAACUCAGCUACAUGUCGUUUGUUGUCAUUGGCGUUAUCAUCAUAAUCGGGCUGGUGCAGGGCAAGCAGCUGUUGGACCUGUUCACUAUCGGGGUGUCUCUAGCUGUUGCGGCAAUUCCUGAGGGCCUUCCCAUCAUUGUCACCGUCACCCUUGCCCUUGGAGUGCUGCGAAUGGCAAAGAGGGGAGCCAUUGUCCGCAAGCUCCCCAGCGUUGAAACACUCGGCUCGGUGAAUGUGGUUUGCAGCGAUAAAACCGGGACGCUGACCCUCAAUCAUAUGACGGUAACAAAACUCUGGCAUUUUGACAUCAGCAAACCGGCCCCUGUUGAUCCAACCGCAGAGCUCACGACGGCCACAAAGACUAUUCUGCGCAUCGGCAACAUCGCAAACAACGGCCGCCUCGCCCAAAAUAGGUCUGGAACGCCAGCGACAGCCGCCUCUGCUGCAGUCCUCUCCUCUACUAGAGACAGAUCCUCCACAGUGACGAAAAGCCGAUGGCUUGGCCAGCCAACGGAUAUCGCCAUGCUGGAUUUGAUGGACGCGCAUGGUGAGGAUGAUAUUCGUGAGCAGAUAGGUCCCCGAACGAGCGAGACCCCAUUCAGCUCGGAGAGAAAGUGGAUGGGCGUGGUCAUUGCUAGCGCUCUCGGCGAGAUGGCCAAUGGCUAUGGGCUCGGUUCCGAAACUGCCUACAUCAAAGGCUCGAUCGAGCAAAUUUUGAGCCGAUCAGACACAUACUUGACGAAGGAUGGGCGGGAAGUUGUGCUCGACGAGCGUGGACGAAAAGAGGCCCAUGCAGCCGCUCAGGCAAUGGCGGAAGAAGGACUCCGAGUCAUUGCUUUUGCGAGUGGCGUGUUAAGGAAUCAGGCGCGGCAAAGCAGCAGAAGUUCUACACCAAGUCUCGGGGCUAAGAAACCGAGCGAGCCGCAGACAGACGCCUUCACUGGUCUAUGCUUUGCUGGUCUGGUGGGCAUGAACGAUCCGCCGAGAAAGGAUGUCAACAGGUCCAUUCGGCGGCUAAUGAACAGUGGAGUCAAGGUCAUCAUGAUCACUGGUGAUGCUGAGACCACCGCGGUGGCAAUCGCAAAGAGUCUUGGGAUGCCCAUCAACCCAGCAUCAUCAGAUUCGCGAUCCGUCUUGCGUGGUGAUGAACUGGACCGAAUGUCGGAGCAGGAGCUGUCAGAAGCAAUUGGCAAGACAACCAUUUUUGCUCGUACCAGCCCUGACCACAAGAUGAAGAUCAUUCGUGCACUUCAGGCCCGAGGAGACGUGGUUGCAAUGACGGGCGACGGAGUCAAUGAUGCGCCCGCACUAAAGAAGGCUGACAUCGGAAUUGCGAUGGGAAUGUUGGGAACCGACGUGGCCAAGGAGGCGGCCGACAUGAUCCUUACCGACGACGACUUCUCGACCAUCCUGCGAGCCAUUGAACAAGGAAAGGGCAUCUUUUUCAACAUUCAGAACUUCAUCACGUUUCAACUGAGCACGAGCGUUGCCGCUCUGAGCCUGGUCCUCCUCAGCACGAUGUUUGGGUUUAAGAAUCCGCUGAACGCCAUGCAGAUUCUUUGGAUCAACAUCCUUAUGGAUGGCCCUCCUGCUCAGUCUCUCGGAGUCGAGCCCGUGGACCCGCGGGUUAUGACGCAGCCGCCACGCCCACGCAAUGCGAACGUGCUCACCCGCCGCCUCAUCCGCCGUGUACUCACUUCUGCCUCCAUCAUCAUGAUGGGUACUCUGUUCAUAUACCUGCGAGAAAUGGUUGACAUCGACGAUCCAAAUGUGGAUCCCACGCUUAUCAACGAGACGCCCCUCCGUGUCCGCACGGUCACAAAGCGUGACACCACCAUGACAUUCACGACAUUCGUCCUUUUCGACAUGUUUAACGCUCUCACGUGCCGCUCAGAGACCAAGUCCGUUCUGUUCGGCGAGAUCAAACUUUUCGGAAACAAAAUGUUCAACUACGCCGUGGCGGGCAGCCUCGCGGGCCAGCUAUGUGUUAUAUAUCUGCCCUUUCUGCAGCGUGUGUUUCAGACCGAAGCACUGACUCUGUGGGACCUGUUCUCCCUGGUGUGCAUGACCAGCACCGUCUGGUUGGCCGACGAGGUGAGGAAGUGGGCUGAAAGGAGAAGGAGUUCAGGACGCUUGCCCAGUGUUGGGUAUUCGACAAAUGUAUAG